AUGCGCUCAGUCAACCCAUACUCAGACACCGUCGCCGACAACCCAAAUCCAACGAACCCAAAUCCCAAGCCAAAACCCAAAUCCAAGCCUCAACCGCCCGCCUCGCGCCUUUCCGCCUGCAAAACCGCAUCCAAGCGACCAGCCACCAACACCGCGACGACCGCCGCAGCUCGAUUGGGCACGCCUCCACUGCCCAAUCCCCAGGGAUCGCCCCUCAUCCGUCCGCCUGCUGCUCGACAGCCGAAUCAACAUGUGCUUUCUGUGAGGGCUGCCGCUGCUCCAAUUACGCGUUCAUCCACCAAGAGGGACGCUGCCACGAUGCCUCUCGGCGACAAGCCUCGCCAGCCUCAGCUGAGCGCGGCUCCUCCCCGAAGCAUGACCCGAACGCCCCUGACUCCAAAGGUCGCCGUCAAGGGCCCGUCCGCGACUACGCCGCUGGCUCGCAAAUCCGGCUCUUCUGUUGUCGGCGCGCAGUCGCCGCAUGGCGAGGGCGCCGCUGCUCCUCCGGCUUCAUAUCUCAGCCAUACCGUGACCCCGCGGUCGGCGCCCCGACAGUCCCGUGCCGACAGCGUUCUCUCGGCGCAGAGCAGCACGGUGAGCAUCGACAAGUCCAACGACGGAUGGGAGACGAGGAGCAACCGCGGGCUGGGCAUGUCGCCUCUGGCACGUACCGACAGCCUGAGCUCCAGGAAGAGCAUUGGAAACUCAUCAAACGGACCCGACAACGACUCCAAAUUCUUCUACGCGAGCAGCAUAAAACCCGCGGCCCAGGCACCACCGCCCCGACCAGCCUCGGUUGUUCAUACUAAGAGUACGCCGACCUUCUUUUAUGCCAGCGAUGCCGCCAGCAAGCGAGUGACGAGUCCCCCGGCAUACCCCAGCUCAAGCACCCAUUCGCUGAGCUCGGCGCAAGAGGGUGUUGCUACCAAGUUCUUCUACGCCAAUGGCACGCCAGAUGUUGACAACAGACUGUCAGCGCGCAGUUCUGGAUCGGGCUCGACGGUCUCGAGCGGCUCCAAAGCAACGCGCCCCAACACCAGCAACUCCUCAAACGUGGGAUCCAGCACAACCCAGCAUUACUCGCGACCAGCAUCGCCUUCCAAGAACCUAACACAUCCUACACUACCGCAACAGCAACAUCAUAAGCAGCAUCCGCCACCACCGCUACGGGGCAGCGCCAUGUCUCCCUCGUCUCCGAUUAGAGCUUCGGCUCAACCGUCUCCGAUAAGGUCUUCGGCCCAGCCAUCCCCGAAGCUGGCGUCCACCACAGCCCAGGGCAACAAAAGGCGGGUGAGUAUUGAGGCGCCUCUACGGUUGAACCAGGGGCACGGCCGGACGGGCAGUGUCCAGUCUGUAGAUGGGGUAGCAGCACCAAAGCUUGCCUCGCCCACUAUGGCACCACCCAUGAUUCACGCGCCUGAAAUGACGCCGCCGCUUCUAAGUCCCGCUUUGCCGCAAUUAGCGCAGCCAGUGACGAUGGCUUCGAUUUUGCAAAUGGCCGAUGAGUUGGACGAUGAAGAGGACGAAGAUGAUGAGGAUGGGAGUGAAGAGGGGGAGGACGGAGAGGACGGGAACAGCGAUGACUCAGACGCCGACUCCAUCAGCCGGAAGAGGUCAUCUCAAAAUUCCGAGUCCCUUAACCAUUUUGUCCUAAGCGCGCGGCGUGAACGCAAAGUUCAAGAUCUCGAAAUUACCAAUGCUUCUCUUGAGGCCAUCAACAAAACUCUCGAGAGGCAACUGCGCAAGCAGUCUGCCGAAUUGCGCCGCUUCCGACGCCUAUCUAGAGCUGGUCGCCUUACAGGCGGCUCUGCAGCCUCUACCCAAGGCGGAGCCUCUCUAGCAGUGCCUGAUGCUUCAGGAGGUCUCACGGAUGUUAGUGAGAAAGAGGAGGAGGCAGGCCCGGCAAAUCACAACGACGAAUACGAAGACGAUGAAGACGAAGAGGAGGAGGAGGAUGAAGAUGAGGAUGAAGACUCGCUAGUCGAUUCUGAGUUGUCCAACGGAAAUACAGCCGCCGACUCGAAAUCUAACGGAGCACCGUUGAAGGCAGAAUCCCCCGGGGAUAAACGGCGCAAACGCGAUGAGCGCCGUCUCCAACUCGAUCUCACCAGGCACCAAGAGCUUCUGCUUGAUAGCCAGAAGAUGAACCAAAGUCUCAAGAAGUGUCUGAACUGGACAGAUUUACUCAUAAAGGAAGGGCAAAAGGCAUUAGCCUACCGUGUCAGAAUCGCUGAUGUGGAUGCCAUGCCCGGCCGUGUCCUGGCAGCUUCAUAUUACGACUAUGGCGAUGACACAUCUCAAGUUGAAGAAGACACAAUAUCUACCGUUUCUGUUGGGGAUGAUACCGUAUCAAUCAUGGAGUCCGAAGCGGAAGUAUGGCCAAAAGAAUCACAGGAUCGUGAUAGCGGCAUAGAACUGCCCGUCGCGGGCCAUUAG